UUCUUUCUUGCAUCCCCCCCCCCCCCCCCCCCUCUUUUUCUGUUAUCAAACCAAUAAAAUAAUAUCUUCACCACAACUAACAAGAAAAUGGAAAUCAAACCAGGUUUAUCAGCUAUAGUCACUGGCGGUGCCUCUGGAAUCGGGAGAGCGCUUAGUUUAGCUCUUGGAGAGAAGGGGAUAUUCGUGACUGUUAUUGAUUUCUCUGAAGAAAAAGGAAAGGAAGUUGCGUCACUUGUCGAGAAAGAGAAUGCCAAAUUCCAUCCCAAUUUGGGAUUUCCGUCUGCUCUUUUUAUUAGAUGCGAUGUAUCAAAAUCAAGAGAUUUAGCUGCUGCUUUUGAGAAGCAUGUGGCAACAUAUGGAGGGAUGGAUAUUUGUAUUAAUGGUGCUGGAAUCAGUAAUCCCAUACCAUUUUAUGAAGAUAAAACAGACGGUACUCAUUCGUGGAAGCAUACUGUUAAUGUGAACUUGCUUGCAGUAAUUGAUUGUACUCACCUUGCGAUAAACAGUAUGCUAGCUGCGCAGAAGCCUGGAGUUAUUAUAAAUUUGGGAUCUUCUUCUGGUCUUUAUCCAAUGUAUCAAGAUCCUAUCUACGCUGGCUCUAAAGGUGGUGUUGUUAUGUUCACUAGAUCACUUGUUCCGUAUAAACGCCGGGGUAUACGCAUCAAUGUGCUUUGCCCUGAGUUUGUCAAAACAGAGAUGGGAGAGAAAGUCGAUUCUAAAUUUAUUGACAUGGUGGGAGGCUUUGUUCCUAUGAAAAUGGUUGUCAAAGGUGCUUUUGAGCUUAUCAGUGAUGAGAGUAAAGCUGGUUCUUGCCUAUGGAUUACAAAUCGUAGGGGCAUGGAGUAUUGGCCCACUCCCAUGGAAGAAGCAAAAUACUUGGUGCGUUCUUCAAAUUCCAAAAGAAGAGUGUCAUACCAAGCCCCAGUGAACCUUCAACUUCCUCUGAGUUAUGAGAAACUAGUUGUUCAGACCUUGAGCCAUAAUUUUCGCAAUGCUACCCGCAUAGUGCGCGUACCAUUGAGAUUACCCAUUGGAUCACAUCAAGUUCUUGUGAAAGUCAUUUAUGCUGGUGUAAAUGCUAGUGAUGUGAACUUCAGCUCAGGUCGUUAUUUCUCUGGCAAGAACCAAGACCUUACCUCCAGUCUUCCAUUUGAUGUUGGUUUUGAGGCAGUGGGAAUAAUUGCAGCAGUGGGGGAAUCUGUCACUGACUUGAAAGUUGGCACUCCUGCUGCACUCAUGACUUUUGGGAGUUAUACUGAAUUCACAGUGGUUCCAGCAAAACAUAUCCUUCCCGUACCUAGACCAGAUCCUGAAGUUGUUGCCUUGCUGACUUCAGGGAUGACUGCAUCAAUUGCUCUUGAAAAGUGUGGACAAAUGAAAUCUGGAGAAGCAGUUGUUGUGACUGCUGCUGCAGGAGGGACUGGUCAAUUUGCUGUCCAGCUAGCAAAAUUGGCAGGAAAUACAGUUGUUGCAACUUGUGGAGGUAACGAAAAGGCAAUUCUUUUAAAACAACUGGGAGUUGAUCGAGUCAUAGAUUAUAAAGCUGAAGAUAUUAAAACGGUUCUAAAAAAGGAGUUUCCAAAAGGGAUUGACAUCAUCUAUGAAUCUGUUGGUGGUGACAUGUUUGAUUUAUGCUUGAAUGCUUUGGCGAUGCACGGACGACUCAUUGUGAUCGGAAUGAUUUCUCAGUAUCAAGGAGAGCAUGGAUGGACACCAGCUAAUUAUACAGGACUCUGUGAGAAGAUUUUAGCAAGAAGUCAAACUGUGGCUGGUUUUUUCCUUCUACAACAUACUCACUUGUGGGCACAACAUCUAGACAGACUAUAUAACAUGUUCGCUUCUGGAAAGCUCAAGGUUGUGUUAGACCAAAAAAGAUUUGACGGUGUCCAUUCUGUUGCGGAUGCUGUUGAGUACCUUCAUUCGGGUAAAAGCGUUGGCAAGGUUGUCGUCUGCAUCGAUCCAAGCUUCAGUGAACAAAAGUCAAAAUUAUGAGCAUUUGCUGUGAAAUUACCUCUCAACGGCCGCCUCUGGUUUAAUAAAUUAGUUUAUGGUUGGAAGAAGAUUCGACCCUAUCUCACUCUGGGUUUGCAGCUGGUCCAAAGAUGCUAGUUAAACAAUCCUAAGAAAAUCCAUCAAAAUGGAGAGCCAACAUGUUAAGUGCAAAUCGAAUAGAAAUUAAAUAUGGCCGGGGGGUAAGAGUGGAAUAUGAGUGGUGAUAUGGAUUUUCGCUGAGAUCAAGCACAUAGACCUCAGUUUCUGAGUAUAAUUAGAGCAUUGGUAUCUGUCAUGCGGAUCAGUGGACAUGACAAAAGAAAUUGAAGGGUCUAUCCAGAUCAUCUUAUCUGUUGAGUUCUGUCAAAUAAACCACAAUAACGAAACCUUUUACCAAGGUUUGAGUUUCAACAGUUUCACCGUUUUUUUAAUGCAAAUGGAUUUUUCUUUUGUUACGUUAA